AUGGCUAGCGCUAUCCGCCAUGGACGAAAAGGAGGAAAGGUUGCCGCGUCGCAUGGUGUUGCCCCACGGGUGGUCACACCCGAAAGUGCCAUGUCCCCCGCCUCGUUACAGACCCCUGGGGAGGGCACCACAAUCAUAAGCGACCCUAAUGCGGCCCAUCCAUUUGACCCGGACGCAAUCGUGAAUGCCGUAAAAAAACCUACAACGAGCGAAGCGAACGUCCUACAGUUCGAUGCGGAAGCCGCUGUUCAGCAAGUCGGAAAAGGUGUUAUGGUGGGGAGAGUAAAACAAGUCCGAACCACAACGCGCCCACCAAAAGCCAACACGGCGGACAUGAUGUCUAGGCUGCGCGGCGCCCUUAAUGCGCAGAUGAGCAGCCCAAAUUCGCCUAAAAGUGCGUUGGGGUUACAGGAACUCAGUGACCACAACGUUGUGGUGACACGCAAGCCGCAGGAGGCUUUGGUUCUGGCGGUGGCCAUUGCUACAACGGUGCCAGGGGCUAAGGUACUUGUGGUGGUGCCGAAGUAUUUCGAGGUUAGCCCUGUAAAGGCAUACCUGGAUUCAUUGGAAGUUGAGGGUGGGAAAGCAAUGUUAGGUAAGUUUUGCGGAGAAACGUUUGAAGGCAGCGAAGCGACAAACCUUUGGGUAUCAACGGCGGAAAUGAUGCUCCUUUAUCUAACGAGGAUGAAGGAUAUUGCUCCAUUUACGCAUGUCGUGGUGCCAGACCUCUCUAGCACGACCCAUUUGCUUUCGUGUUUCGUAAAGGCACUCAGUCAAUGGAUGCUGAGCGGUGGCAAUCAUUCACAGUCGGUGCGACUUGUCGUAACGUCGGAGCGAGCUGAUUGUAGCAAAAUCGAAGGAAUGCCUGAGGGUUUGAAGAUAGCCGUUCUUGAUAGCGAGGCCCAACAGGUAACGGAGUUUUCGUAUGGUGAAACAUGUGCGCUUGUUGGUAAAGAAAUGAUGGAAAUGGAAAGGGACAGCUUUGGUAGGUUCCCAGAGCCGACAAAAUGUCUCAUCGACUACACUGCAAAAGUGGCAGCCGAUGUGGUGAGGUGCAUCAUCAAAGAAAGCAAAACCUCGCAGGUUGUCGUGGUCUUCACUGCGGAGGCACGCGAAGUCCUGACAGCCUUGCAAGAUGCUCGCAUUGAGGGUUGUGCCGUCUAUUCUGGUUUCAAGAGCACUGAAGAAACAAACAAUAUGAAGCAUCGUGUGUAUGUGAUGAAUCACGUGCGCCACGCCCUGGAAACCGAGAAUGAGUACACUAUGGUACUGGAUAUGGGUACUAUCAGGCGACCAACAGCGCAGCACAAGUCGGAGCUUUUUAUGGCUGCUAGUACAACGGAGUGGGAGCGAAAGACAGAACGCGCAGAACGUAUUUCGAUCCUUGACGGGAAAAAAGAACACUGCUAUUUUGCUUUGUAUUCCAAUGAUGUUGCGGCGGCGUUCCGCGAAGACACCAAAUCUCUUCCUGAUGUUUUCAGUGUUGAGGAUGCGUUUGUCCAGUGUGCCAGGCUGGGCCUUCCUAUGAAUGAGGUGAUGGCUAUUUUACCAGACAUUCCUGCUGAGACAACUGAGCAAGUGAUGCACAACCUGGCUGAGAAGUGCAUGGUAGCCAACCCGCAGAACCUUGCAAUUACCUUCCUCGGUGAAAUGACCGCUCGCCUCCCUGUGGAGUUAGAUAUCGCCUGUUUUAUAAUUGGUGGUUGUAACAUUGGUUUUGGAGAGGCUGUGCUGGCCAUAGGUAGCGUGGCAGCGUUGCCAUUCCGGUCCACCACUCCGUUGACGUACAGUAGUGCCCACUGGAACGAGUCGACAAGGCAGAGUCGUGAAAAGUACGGCGGUGACAUCGCUCGUCAGAGUGACCUUCUUGCCGAUACCUUUGUAUUCAUCGAGUGGCUAAAAUUGCGUUCACGUGGAGAACCUACUGCAAGCUUCCUCGAUGAGAUCCUCGUUCAAGAGUUCAAGCUGGAGAAGAUUGAGGGAUUGAUGAACUACAUGAGGGAGCAACUGACGAAUUACGUCUUCCUCGAGCAUUUCGAAACAUUGUCAGUUCUUGAAAGCGUGGCUGCUUCGGUGCAGGAAAACUCCACGGUCUUCUUGCUGUUGGAAUCUGUUGCCUUGGCGCGGCGUGCGGCGUUCAUCCGCGACGCGGGGCAUCUUAAUGAAAAAGAACGUUACGCCUCAAUGGCGUUUGUCCGGACUUCAAAGCGCUUAGUGCCGCACAACUUUAUUCCGUCGUCCAUUAAGUGGGAUACCGGUAAGAUAAUGAUUCCCGUGAUCCUAAAGAAUGGCUCAACAAUCCUUGCCGGUCUCUUCUCGCUCAUACAUACACCGUACUUCUUCGCAUCGUUACUACUACUCUACCCCCAAGUGGAAUACUCCAACUCUGUGAUUACUGAUAAAGGAUGUGUCGUGUACUUUGGUGUGUCAUGCAACCGACAAAUGAAGCGCUUUAUGGUACCAGUGGAGGAGGCUGCACAGAUCCUUAAUUUCCGUGAGAAAGUGAAUGAAGCACUUGGGUGCAUGCAAGCGCUUCGCAUUCUACCUCAUCCUGUAUCGCGAACAAAAUUUGGCCUCGCACUGAAGGAGUAUGACCGACACUUGGAUCUUGAGCGGUUGCACAAGGACAUUCGCCGGCAGCUUCUUGAACUUGUGACGGAGUUAAACGUGGUGGAGCAUCAAGGAAGCUUCGAGACCUUCGCGACGCAUUGCACUGCGCCAAAGGAGACAUUGCCUAUGUCAAGCACCCCCGCGACAGAUGUGGCGAUGCUACACCGCUUUGCUAACGGGACGCUGUGGGAGAAGCAGACGACACCGCACUCCACCACGCUGCCGCCAGGCGCUGUCCCGGGCAGAGGGAGCACACCGGCGCUGACCACCGCUCCGCUGUUAGACAUGGAUGACGACGACGACGAGGUGGAGGUCAUUCAAGAGUCGUUCUUCAUGCGACAUGGGCCGCUUAUAGAGGAUGACGAUGAUAAAUGA